AUGCCUCCAGGGGCUCUCCUCAGGGUCACCGUUGCCCCAGGCGAUCUCUUAGGUAUGGUGUCGCCCCCGGGGGCCCGCCAGGGGGCCCGCCAAGGGGUGCCCGUCGCCCCCAGUGGCUCUUCUUUGGGUGCAGUGAUGGCCCCAGGGGCUCUCCUCAGGGUCAGUGGUGCCCCUAGGGGUUCCCUCAGGUAUGGUGGCCCCAAAGGGCCUGCCAAGGGGUGCAUCGAUCUUGGGGCUCUCCCAAGGGUGUCGGCGACCCCAGGGGCCCUGAAAAGGGUGGCGGCAAUCCCAGGAGCCCUGCCAGGGGCGGUGGCGCACCCAGGGGCCUUCCCAGGUGCGGUGGCGACCACAGGUUCCCUCGCAAGGGCACCGGAGCCCCCAGGGGACCUCUCAGGUGCGUCGCUCUUAGGGGCUCUGACAGGGGUGUCGGUGCCCUCAGGGUCCCUGGCAAGGGUGGCGGCGCUCCCAGGGGCCCUACCUGGGGCGGUGGCGCACCCAGUGGCCUUCUCAGGUGCGGUGGCGCCCACAAUGUCCCUCCCAGAGGCACCGGUGCCCCCCAAGGGACCUCUCAGGUGUGGUAGCGCCCCCAGGCGCCGGCCAAAAGGGUCCCUGGCAAUGGUGGCGGCACUGCCAGGGGCGGUGGCGCACCCAGGGGCCUUCCCAGGUGUGGUGGCGCCCACAGGGUCCCUCUCAGGGGCACCGUGCCCCCAGGGGACCUCUCAGGGGUCACCGGUGCCCCCAGGCGAUCUCUUAGGUAUGGUGGCGCCCCCAGGGACCCGCCAAGGGGUAACAUCGCCCCCAGGAGCUCUUCUUAGGGGCAGAGCGAUGCCCCCAGGGUCUCCCCUCACGGGCCUGCCAAGGGGUAACGCCGCCUCCAGGGGCCCGACAAAGGGUAACGGUGACCCCAGGGGACCGCCUAGGGGUAACGUCGCCCAUAGGGGCUCUUCUUUGGAGCAGCGAGGACCUCAGGGGCUCUCAGGGUGCGUCGCUCUUAGGGGCUCUGACUGGGGUGUCGAUGCCCUCAGGGUCCCUGGCAAGGGUGGCGGCGCUCCCAGGGGCCCUACCUGGGGCGGUGACGCACCCAGGGGCCUUCUCAGGUGCGGUGGCGCCCACAAUGUCCCUCCCAGAGGCACCGGCGCCCCCAAGGGACCUCUCAGGUGUGGUAGCGCCCCCAGGCGUCGGCCAAGGGGUAACGUCGCCCCCAGGGGCCCGCCAAGAGGCGCCGGCCAAGGGGUAACGUCGCCCCCAGGGGACCGCCAAGGGGUAACAUCACCCAGAGGGGACCGCCAAGGGGUAAUGUCGCCCACAGGGGCUCUUCUUAGGGGCAUCGAUGCCCCCAGGGGCUCUCAUCAGGGAGCCCGCCAAGGGCUAACGUCGCCCCCAGGGGACCGCCAAAGGGUAACGUCGCCCCCAGUCGCUCUUCUGUGGUCAGCUAUGCCUCCAGGGGCUCUCCUCAGGGUCAUCGGUGCCCCCAGGCGAUCUCUUAGGGAACCUGGCAAAGGUGGCGGCGCUCCCAGGGGCCCUACCUGGGGCGGUGGCGCACCCAGGGUCCUUCCCAGGUGUGGUGGCCCCAGAGGGUCCCUCCCAGGGGCACCGGUGCCCCCAGGGGACCUCUCAGGUGUGGUUGCGCCUCCAGCCGCCGGCCAAGGGGUAACGUCGCCCCCAGGGGACCGCCAAGGGGUAACAUCACCCAGAGGGGACCGCCAAGGGGUAAUGUCGCCCACAGGGGCUCUUCUUCGGGGGCAUCGAUGCCCCCAGGGGCUCUCGUCAGGGUGCGUCGCCCUAGGGGCUCUCCCAGGGGUGUCGGUGCCUCUAGGGGCCCUGCAAAGGGUGUCGGUGCUCCCAGGGGCCCGGUUAGGGGCGGUGGCGCACCCAGGGGCCUUCCCAGGUGCGGUGGCACCCACAGAGUCCCUCCCAGGGGCACCGGUGGCCCCAGAAGGCCUCUCAGGUGUUGUGGCGCCCACAGGAGCCCGCCAAGGGCUAACGUCGCCCCCAGCGGACCGCCAAAGGGUAACGUCGCCCCCAGUCGCUCUUCUGUGGUCAGCUAUGCCUCCAGGGGCUCUCCUCAGGGUCACCGGUGCCCCCAGGCGAUCUCUUAGGUGCGUCGCUCUUAGGGGCUCUGACAGGGGUGUCGGUGCCCUCAGGGUCCCUGGCAAGGGUGGCGGCGCUCCCAGGGGCCCUACCUGGGGCGGUGGCGCACCCAAGGGCCUUCUCAGGUGCGGUGGCGCCCACAAUGUCCCUCCCAGAGGCACCGGUGCCCCCAAGGGACUUCUCAGGUGUAGUAGCGCCCCCAGGCGCCGGCCAAGGGGUGCGUCACUCUUAGUGGCUCUCACAGGGGUGUCGGUGCCCCCAGGGAACCUGGCAAAGGUGGCGGCGCUCCCAGGGGCCCUACCUGGGGCGGUGGCGCACCCAGGGUCCUUCCCAGGGUCCCUCUCAGGGGCACCGGUGGCCCCAGAAGGCCUCUCAGGUGUUGUGGCGCCCACAGGAGCCCGCCAAGGGCUAACGUCGCCCCCAGUCGCUCUUCUGUGGUCAGCUAUGCCUCCAGGGGCUCUCCUCAGGGUCACCGGUGCCCCCAGGCGAUCUCUUAGGUAUGGUGGCGCCCCCAGGGACCCGCCAAGGGGUAUGGUGGCCCCCCCCAAGGGCCUGCCAAGGGGUAACGCCGCCUCCAGGGGCCCGACAAGGGGUAACGGUGACCCCAGGGGACCGCCAAGGGGUAACGUCGCCCAUAGGGGCUCUUCUUUGGAGCAGCGAGGACAUCAGGGGCUCUCAGGGUGCGUCGCUCUUAGGGGCUCUGACAGGGGUGUCGAUGCCCUCAGGGUCCCUGGCAAGGGUGGCGGCGCUCCCAGGGGCCCUACCUGGGGCGGUGACGCACCCAGGGGCCUUCUCAGGUGCGGUGGCGCCCACAAUGUCCCUCCCAGAGGCACCGGUGCCCCCAAGGGACCUCUCAGGUGCGUCGCUCUUAGGGGCUCUGAUAGGGGUGUCGAUGCCCUCAGGGUCCCUGGCAAGGGUGGCGGCGCUCCCAGGGGCCCUACCUGGGGCGGUGACGCACCCAGGGGCCUUCUCAGGUGCGGUGGCGCCCACAAUGUCCCUCCCAGAGGCACCGGUGCCCCCAAGGGACCUCUCAGGUGCAUCGAUCUUGGGGCUCUCCCAAGGGUGUCGGCGACCCCAGGGGCCCUGACAAGGGUGGCGGCAAUCCCAGGAGCCCUGCCAGGCGCGGUGGCGCACCCAGGGGCCUUCCCAGGUGCGGUGGCGACCACAGGUUCCCUUGCAAGGGCACCGGAGCCCCCAGGGGACCUCUCAGGGGAGCUCUCAGGUGUGGUGGCGCGCCCAUGGGCACGCCAAGGGGUAGCAUCGCCCCCAGGGGCUCUUCUUAUGGGCAGCGAUGCCCCUAGGGGCUCCCUUCAGGGGUCACCGGUGCCCCCAGGCGAUCUCUUAGGUAUGGUGGCGCCCCCAGGGGCCCGCCAAGGGGUAACAUCGCCCCAGGAGCUCUUCUUAGGGGCAGAGCGAUGCCCCCAGGGUCUCCCCUCACGGUGCGUCACUCUUAGGGGCUCUCACAGGGGUGUUGGUGGCCCCAGGGAACCUGGCAAAGGUGGCGGCGCUCCCAAGGGCCCUACCUGGGGCGGUGGCGCACCCAGGGUCCUUCCCAGGUGUGGUGGCCCCAGAGGGUCCCUCCCAGGGGCACCGGUGCCCCCAGGGGACCUCUCAGGUGUGGUUGCGCCUCCAGGCGCCGGCCAAGGGGUAACGUCGCCCCCAGGGGACCGCCAAGGGGUAACAUCACCCAGAAGGGACCGCCAAGGGGUAAUGUCGCCCACAGGGGCUCUUCUUAGGGGCAUCGAUGCCCCCAGGGGCUUUCGUCAGGGUGCGUCACUCUUAGGGGCUCUCACAGGGGUGUCGGUGCCCCCAGGGAACCUGGCAAAGGUGGCGGCGCUCCCAGGGGCCCUACCUGGGGCGGUGGCGCACCCAGGGUCCUUCCCAGGUGUGGUGGCCCCAGAGGGUCCCUCCCAGGGGCACCGGUGCCCCCAGGGGACCUCUCAGGUGUGGUUGCGCCUCCAGCCGCCGGCCAAGGGGUAUGGUGGCCCCCCCAAGGGCCUGCCAAGGGGUAACGCCGCCUCCAGGGGCCCGACAAGGGGUAACGGUGACCCCAGGGGACCGCCAAGGGGUAACGUCGCCCAUAGGGGCUCUUCUUUGGAGCAGCGAGGACAUCAGGGGCUCUCAGGGUGCGUCACUCUUAGGGGCUCUCACAGGGGUGUUGGUGGCCCCAGGGAACCUGGCAAAGGUGGCGGCGCUCCCAAGGGCCCUACCUGGGGCGGUGGCGCACCCAGGGUCCUUCCCAGGUGUGGUGGCCCCAGAGGGUCCCUCCCAGGGGCACCGGUGCCCCCAGGGGACCUCUCAGGUGUGGUUGCGCCUCCAGGCGCCGGCCAAGGGGUAACGUCGCCCCCAGGGGACCGCCAAGGGGUAACAUCACCCAGAGGGGACCGCCAAGGGGUAAUGUCGCCCACAGGGGCUCUUCUUAGGGGCAUCGAUGCCCCCAGGGGCUUUCGUCAGGCCGCCGGCCAAGGGGUAACGUCGCCCCCAGGGGACCGCCAAGGGGUAACAUCACCCAGAGGGGACCGCCAAGGGGUAAUGUCGCCCACAGGGGCUCUUCUUUGGGGCAUCGAUGCCCCCAGGGGCUCUCGUCAGGGGUCCCUCUCAGGGGCACCGGUGGCCCCAGAAGGCCUCUCAGGUGUUGUGGCGCCCACAGGAGCCCGCCAAGGGCUAACGUCGCCCCCAGGGGACCGCCAAAGGGUAACGUCGCCCCCAGUCGCUCUUCUGUGGUCAGCUAUGCCUCCAGGGGCUCUCCUCAGGGUCACCGGUGCCCCCAGGCGAUCUCUUAGGUAUGGUGGCCCCCCCAAGGGCCUGCCAAGGGGUAACGCCGCCUCCAGGGGCCCGACAAGGGGUAACGGUGACCCCAGGGGACCGCCAAGGGGUAACGUCGCCCAUAGGGGCUCUUCUUUGGAGCAGCGAGGACCUCAGGGGCUCUCAGGGGCCUGCCAAGGGGUAACGCCGCCUCCAGGGGCCCGACAAGGGGUAACGGUGACCCCAGGGGACCGCCAAGGGGUAACGUCGCCCAUAGGGGCUCUUCUUAGGAGCAGCGAGGACCCCAGGGGCUCUCAGGGUGCGUCGCUCUUAGGGGCUCUGACAGGGGUGUCGAUGCCCUCAGGGUCCCUGGCAAGGGUGGCGGCGCUCCCAGGGGCCCUACCUGGGGCGGUGACGCACCCAGGGGCCUUCUCAGGUGCGGUGGCGCCCACAAUGUCCCUCCCAGAGGCACCGGUGCCCCCAAGGGACCUCUCAGGUGUGGUAGCGCCCCCAGGCGCCGGCCAAGGGUGCAUCGAUCUUGGGGCUCUCCCAAGGGUGUCGGCGACCCCAGGGGCCCUGACAAGGGUGGCGGCAAUCCCAGGAGCCCUGCCAGGCGCGGUGGCGCACCCAGGGGCCUUCCCAGGUGCGGUGGCGACCACAGGUUCCCUCGGGCACCGGAGCCCCCAGGGGACCUCUCAGGGGACCGCCAAGGGUAACGUCGCCCCAGGGCUCUUCUUUGCUGCAGCAAUGCCCCCAGGGGCUCUCCUCAGGGGCACUGGUGCCCCAGGGGAGCUCUCAGGUGUGGUGGCGCGCCCAUGGGCACGCCAAGGGGUAGCAUCGCCCCCAGGGGCUCUUCUUAUGGGCAGCGAUGCCCCUAGGGCUCCCUUCAGGGUCAGCAGUGCCCCCAGGGGACCUUCCAGAGGUGGUGGCGCCCCAAGGGGCGGCGCUACCCUCAGGGGCUUCCCAGGUGCGUCACUCUUAGGGGCUCUCACAGGGGUGUUGGUGGCCCCAGGGAACCUGGCAAAGGUGGCGGCGCUCCCAGGGGCCCUACCUGGGGCGGUGGCGCACCCAGGGUCCUUCCCAGGUGUGGUGGCCCCAGAGGGUCCCUCCCAGGGGCACCGGUGCCCCCAGGGGACCUCUCAGGUGUGGUUGCGCCUCCAGGCGCCGGCCAAGGGGUGCAUCGAUCUUGGGGCUCUCCCAGGGGUGUCGGCGACCCCAGGGGCCCUGACAAGGGUGUCGGCAAUCCCAGGAGCCCUGCCAGGGGCGGUGGCGCACCCAGGGGCCUUCCCAGGUGCGGUGGCGACCACAGGUUUCCUCUCAAGGGCACCGGAGCCCCCAGGGGACCUCUCAGGUGUGGUGGCGCCCUCAGGUGCCCUCCAAGGGGUAACGUUUCCCACAGGUGCCCGCCAAGAGGUAACGUUGCCCCCAUGGGACCGCCAAGGGGUAACGUCACCCCCAGGGGACCGCCAAGGCGAUACUCCCAGGGACUCCUCAGGGGCAUCGGUGCCUUCAGGGGAGCUCUCAGGUGUGGUGGCGCCCCCAGGGGUCUGCCAAGGGGUCACGUCGUCAGCAGGGGCUCUUCUUAGGCGCACCGAUGCCCCCAGGGGCUCCCCUCAGGGGUCACCGGUGCCCCCAGGCGAUCUCUUAGGUAUGGUGGCGCCCCCAGGGGCCCGCCAAGGGGUAACAUCGCCCCCAGGAGCUCUUCUUAGGGGCAGAGCGAUGCCCCCAGGGUCUCCCCUCACGGUCAGCCGUGCCUCCAGGGGUCCUUCCAAAGCAGGUGGCGCCCCAAGGGGCAGCGGGGCCCGCCAAGGGCUAACGUCACCCCCAGGGGACCGCCAAAGGGUAACGUCGCCCCCAAUCGCUCUUCUGUGGUCAGCUAUGCCUCCAGGGGCUCUCCUCAGGGUCACCGGUGCCCCCAGGCGAUCUCUUAGGUGCGUCGCCCUAGGGGCUCUCCCAGGGGUGUCGGUGCCUCCAGUGGCCCUGACAAGGGUGGCGGCACUCCUAGGGGCCCUGCCAGGGGCGAAGACACACGCAGGAGCCUUCUUAGAUGCGGUGGCGCCUACGGGGUCCCACCCAGGGGCACCGGUGCACCCAGGGGACCUCUCAGGUGUGGUUUCGCCCCCAUGGGUUCGCCAACGGGUAACGUCGCCCCCAGGAGCCCGCCAAUGGGUAACGUUGACCCCAGGGGACCGCCAACUGGUAACGUCGCCCACAGAGGCUCUUCUUAAGGGCAGCAAUGCCCCCAAGGGCUCUCCUCAGGGUCAGCGGUGCCCCCAAUCACCUGAAAAACCAAUUGUUGGCAAGUACUGA